CCCGUUCCCGCCACUCCAAUCUUCCGGCGACCUCUAACAAUGUCAAAGCAGACGUACAGCGUCUGCUUCUGCUUCCGUCGGCGGUUCCACCUAGCGGAGGCCGAGGCUCCGGCGGAGAUCAGGAGCAUAUUCAACCAAUACUCGGAAAACGGGGUGAUGAGCGUGGCUAACCUCCACCGCUUCCUGAUCGAGGUUCAGAAGGAGGAGAACGCGACGGUGGAGGACGCUCAGGCCCUCGCCGAUAGCCUCCAUUACCUCAAGCUUCUGCGUCACAAAGGCCUCAAUCUCAACGAAUUUUUCAAGUAUAUCUCCAGCGGUGCGAAUUCCCUCAGUAAUCCUAAAAUCGGGAUUCACCACGAUAUGAAUUCUCUAUUAUCCCACUACUUCAUAUACACUGGCCAUAAUUCUUAUUUAACUGGGAAUCAACUAAGCAGUGACUGCAGUGAUGCCCCUAUUAUUCAAGCCCUGCAGAGAGGUGUUCGAGUAAUUGAGCUCGAUAUAUGGCCAAACACAACAAAGGAUAAUGUCGAUGUUCUUCAUGGCAGAACGCUGACCGCUCCAGUGGCACUUAGCAAAUGCUUGAAGUCUAUUAAGGAGUAUGCAUUCUCUGCAUCUGAUUAUCCUUUGAUAAUAACACUCGAAGACCAUCUCACUCCAGAUCUUCAGGCCAAAGUGGCACAGAUGAUCAAACAAACAUUUGGAGACAUGCUGUAUUCUCCUGGCACAGAAUGCUUGAAGGAAUUCCCUUCACCAGAGUCAUUGAAAAAGCGGGUUAUAAUAUCAACUAAACCACCAAAAGAGUACCAACAAACAAAGGAAGUUAAGGAGAAGACAACUAAAGAAAGCAGUUCUGCAGAGACAGAAGCUUGGGGGAGUGAAGUAUCAGAUCUGACUCCGACAUAUAAUAAUGACAAGACGAUGUAGAAGAUGACGAUGAAGAAGAUCCAAAAUCAGAACAGAAUGAGGCACCACAAUUCAGGAAUUUGAUUGCCAUUCAUGCUGGAAAGGGGAAGGGUGGACUGUCUGAGUGGCUUAGAAUUGAUACUGAUAAAGUGAGACGGCUUAGCUUGAGUGAGCCACAGCUUGAAAAUGCAGUCAAAACACAUGGAAAAGAAAUCAUUCGAUUCACUCAACAAAAUUUAUUGAGAAUUUACCCAAAGGGCAUACGCAUCAACUCAUCUAAUUAUAAUCCCUUAAUUGGCUGGACCCAUGGAGCUCAAAUGGUGGCAUUUAAUAUGGUCAUGGUAGAUCACUUUGGUUGAUGCAAGGCAUGUUCAGAGCCAAUGGUGGUUGUGGAUAUGUUAAGAAACCAGCCAUAUUAUUGGAAUCGGAUCAUUCUUAUACUUCAUUAGUUAAUAAAAAUGCUUCGUCGCGUGUAAAAACAACGUUGAAGGUGACUGUAUAUAUGGGUGAAGGAUGGCAUCAUGACUUCCGGCAUACACAUUUCGAUGCAUAUUCACCUCCAGAUUUCUAUGCAAAGGUGGGAAUUGCAGGAGUUCCAGCUGAUUGUGUAAUGCAGAAAACAAAGAAGUUCACGAGUACGACUCGUCCGG